AUGAGCGAUCUGCUGAAGUAUAUCCUCACUCACGAGGAAGCAUUUCGAAGAAAUCGCCUGCCCUCUCUUUACUCCGACUUCACGCCCCAGAAAAAGACGAACCCCGAUGGUUAUGCCGUCAAUGUUGCGGCAUGGGAACAAGCGCUCAACAGAGCUGCAAAGCGCGGCUAUACCUCUUCGCGCGGUGUGCGGGUCCGUUCAGGCUCUAGUGUAUCAGCGAAAAGCAACACAGACAGCGUGAAGCGAAAGAAGACCGAUCACUUGAUCCUGCGAACGGAUGAGUCGUUGCUCCGGGAUCUGGAGAGCUCGGAGUGGGGGAGACCCGUCGCCCUGGGCACUGCCGAGGCGGUGCGCAAUAAUUCGAUGAUUCCAUUGUCGGUCUUCAAGACCACCGCUGGGCUUUUCCAGAAGAGUCAGUGGAAGAUAAUUGAUCCCGGUGUUCUGAAUCCCUGGAAUGUUAUGAGCUGGGGAGCUCGGCAGCUCAAGGGCUUUGUGGUGGGGUCUGAGAGUGAUUCGGCACCGAAAUUGCAGGCGCAACAGUUGGUCUUAGUGGAAAACCUGCAAGAGGCGGCAGACAAAGCUGUCAAAAAAGCCACGGGCAGCAGUUCAUCUAAGCUGGACCUCAUUUACUCGAAGGAAAGCUUUAUUGAACAAUUCGCGUCCAUACUAAAUGAUUCCACGGAAUUGUCGGAUGGUGAUUUUGACGUCUUAUUGAUCUAUCUAUCCCGUGAUGCCAAUGCUAUAGCAUAUGAUGGGAGGAUUGCCCAGACGAUCAAGUUCAAAUCUGCAGAUGAAUCGGCAGAGAUCACCCAAGAGGACACAACUAUUGCAUCUAUCAAGACGUUGGUGUCUGCGAUGUCGAAACAGGUCACGAGCUUAGAGGCUAAGAUCGCAGAACUGACCGUAUCUGCAAAGACAGCCUUGGCCAAUAAGAAUCGCAUUUCAGCACUGUCGGCUGUGCGGUCUAAAAAGCUCGCUGAACAUAAUCUCCAGCAGCGGUUCAACACCCUCAUGCAACUCGAGGAAGUCUAUUCUAAGAUUGAGGAAGCUGCCAGCCAGGUGGAUAUAGUGCAAGUCAUGCAAGCGAGCACUUCUGUACUUCGCGGCCUGCACACUAAGAUCGGGGGUGCUGAAAGAGUCGAGGAUAUUGUUGAGGAGCUGCGCGAGGAGAUGACCAAGGUGGAUGAGGUCGGAAGCAUCAUUAACGAGGCCGGCCCGGUGAUUGACGAGGGAGAGAUUGAUAAUGAGCUUGCGGAAAUGGAGAAGAUCGAGAGAGAGGAGAGAGAGAAGGAAGAGGCGGCAACCACCGAACGCAGACUGGCCGAACUGGACAGCGCCAAGCAGGCCUCCGAUGAAGCUGCCCGCCGAGCACGGGAGGCCAAAGAAGUGGAAGCGGCGCUGGCAGAUAACAUUGACAGGCUCUCCAACAUGUCUGUUGAGGAGCAACCAAUGCCAGCCAAAUAA